AUGGAAGUUGAUGUUUUUGGUGAUAAUAAAGACGGUCAGGCUAGGAAUGCGAUCGUAACGAAGGAGGUUACCUAUUUUAAUCGUCUUUACUAUUCAAUGUACGUGAAGGAUAAUACAACAAUGGAUCCAGCUAUUCAUAAAGAACAUCUGGAAAUGUUGGUAGGAAAUUCUGGCAUCCCUGGUUUAACCUUGGCUUCACCACCACCACAGAAAAAAAGAAGUAUUUCAGAGGUGAACAAUACACCAUCAUCAUCUAAACAAUCUGUAAAUAAUACAUCAUCAAAAAAGAAAAAAACUACCGACAAGAUAUCAAAAAUCAAAGUGUACACUUCAAGUUUAUUUGACAAAGGACUUUUAGCCUCUGGAGAUACUGUAAUGUUCAAGCAUGAUGAUAAGGAAAUUAAAUGUAAAGUGAAUAAUCAUGGGGAAUUGGAGGUCAAUAAUGCUGAUAAAACUGAUACGAGAAUUUCAAAUAAUUUGAGAAUUAUCACACAAUUUAUUUGUAAAGCUUAUAACUUACCCUUAAUGGGAAAAUCAAAAUAUUGGAAUUUAUUUUAUCUAGUUAAUAAGAAUGGAUCUAGGAAUAAGCUCAAAACUUUGAGAGAGCAGUAUUUGGCAUUACAUGAACAGGGAAAUUCAAAAGUUGUAGCUGAAAAGAGUGACAAGUCAGAAGAGAAAGAAACUGCCAAGAGAAGAAGAAGAAAACAAGCUGAAGAAGCCAGCAAGAAGAAUGCUCGUUUAUUAAUUUCUCAAUUGGUUAGUAGCGGACUUUUAAAGGAUGGUGCUAAAGUAAUUUAUAGAGGUCAGAAAACUACUUUUCAUGGCAAAAUUACAAAGUCCAAAUUUAUCUCAUAUUACGACCAACUAACUAAAAGAGAAGAACAAUUUGAAACACCCAACUCAUUUAAAUCUCAUAUUGGUGAACUUGGUAACUGUUGGCAACAAAUGGUUCUCGUUGAUGAUGACCAGGAAAUCUCAUUCCAAACUUUAAGAGAUAAAUAUUUUGAAUGA